GCCGGUUUUGGAGCCCCUGGAAAAUCCCUGGCAAAAGAGGCUGUAGUUUUACCUACCUAGCGAGAAUGUUAGUGUGACGAUCGAGCUAUCCAUCCACCCUAUCCCUCAGUCUUCUCCACCACUUCCAACGAAGCCUGCUAUCCUCCUCGGGAGGGAGGGAACAAGCGAGAUGGCGGCUGCCACUCCCGUGCCCCCAGGCUUGUGCAAGCAGCAGCUAGUGCUUGUCCACGCCACCAAGCCUCCCUUUCCCCUUCUCGCGCGCCGCGCCGUCUCCGUCCGCGCCGCCCCGCCCCGCCAGCGCCAGCACCAGCAACGCCCCCCUCCUAGGAGCAAGCGGGUCGAUCCUCCUCCCAGGCCCGCCCGCCGUCCGCCGAGGGCCCCUCUGGACUACGACGACGACGACGACGAGGAGGAGGAGGAGGAGGAGGAGGGGAGGUUCGCUGGGGGCACCCGGGCCGCCUCCAUGCCCAAGCCGCCGGCCGGCUUCGUGCUUGACGACAAGGGCAGGUGCAUCGCCGCAGCAUCCAAGCGCAUCGUCACCAUCAUCGACGACGCCAACAACCGCCCAUUGGAGUGCAUAAUCAGGAGAGUCUUCCGGAGCUCGCAGGACCACGACUGCAUGCUUCUCUGCCCAGUUGACAUGCCUGUGCAGGUCCUCAAGAGCACAAAUUUCAGUGGCUGGAUAGCUGUUGACGACCACCAGCUCAAGCAAAUCAUUCCUUCUGUUGCCUAUGCCCUUGCAAGAGUGCAUAUGCACUUUGUCGAAAGCGGAUUCUGUUAUACAGCAAGGGGUGGUUUCUGCUUUCCUGAAGAAGCCAUUCAAGAGUUUCAUGAUGAAAGAAAGGUUUUGACAAUAUCUUGCCAAUGCCAAAUUGAUGGCGGUGAGGGGGUACCUUUCGAAGGUGUAGAGAUUUGCUGCUUCAAUUUGGAUGGUGCUCACUAUAUGAUUUAUACACCAGUUGAUCCUCUUCUGUUUGUCGCAGUCAAGGAUAAGGAUGGUGUGCUACACAUCGCUGAAGAUGAUUUGAUGGGUGACCCUGCAGUUGUCGACGCCAUAGACGAAGAGACAGAAUUUACAGCUCUAGUGGAGGAGGAAGAGGCCCUUCUUGAAACUGUACUUGGUGAAAGGUGAUGAAUGGUAGGGAGGGGGUUCCUACUUGAAUCGGAAGAGGAGACCCAUGCUCCACUCCACCAAGCAGUAGAAUGACGAAGCACUAGUUGGUCCUGAAGAAGGGGAUGCAAUUGCAGCUGCAAAAGUGUGUGCUGCUUGGAUUGGAUUAUGUGUGCAGCAAAGCGCAUUUGAGCUGCCUACCCUAGGAUGGAUGAAGAUGUAAUGUUAAUCGUUUCGUCGUCUGUGUCAACUAGUGUAGUAUAGAAGCUGAAGGAGCUGCAAGGAGGCUUUUGUUUUGUUUUCUAAUCAAAUGAAUAGGACGACCAAAGCUAUUGCUGCUCUGCUGAUGAUUUGAAUUAACCUAAUAAAAAUGAUCCAAUCUGAUGGAUAGAGGAAUUGAAA